GUUGAAUGUGAAAAGCUGGCGACUGAAGAAAUAACCGAAAUCCAGCGGCACUACGUGAAGUACUAUGAGAUGUCCUACGGGCUGAACAUCGAGAUGCACAAACAGACAGAGAUCGCCAAGCGGCUGAACGUGAUCUGUGCGCAGCUCAUCCCGUUCCUAUCGCAGGAGCACCAGCAGCAGGUGGUCCAGGCAGUGGAGCGUGCCAAGCAGGUGACUAUGAGCGACCUGAACGCGGCCAUCGGGCACCAGCUCCAAACGCAGCACCUCUCGCACCACGCGCCCCCCAUCCCGCUGACCCCCCACCCCUCUGGGAUGCAGCCCCCCACCCUGGCUGGGCUGGGCAGCGCUUCGGGGCUGCUGGCGCUCUCGGGGGUGCUGGGGGGGGCCCAGCUCCUCACCAAGGAUGACCGCGGGGUCCACGACGCCGAGCACAGGGAGCGAGACCCGGGUCCUAGCUCUCUGGUGCUGCCCAACGGGGACCGGGCACGAGCCAUCUCUGAGUACCUGAGCAGCAGCAAAAAGAGGAAGGUGGAGGAGAAGGACUUUGUGACGGACUACGGCAGCGAUGCGGACAAAAGCGAAGACAACCUGGUGGUGGAUGAGGACCCCGCGUCCCCACACAGUGUCCAUUCCUAUUCCUCCCGUGAGAACGGGCUGGAGAAGCUGCCAUUGGGCCGGAAGGAGCCGGCGCCGCUCAGCCCCACCUCCAUGGCCUCGUCCAGCAGCGCGUCCCCAUCGCGCACCAAGGAUGCGCCCACGGUGGAGAAGGCGGGGACACCCAGCCUCAAGUCCAGCACCCCCACAUCUCAGGGCGAUGCCGUAGCCCCGGGAUCCAGCAGUGCCCCACAGUUCCGCCCCACUGCCGCCAAAGCCCCUGUGGACUCCCUGGCCCUGGGCCUGAGGACCCCGCUGGGCGUGCAGAGCCCCUACUCCUUCAGCAUGGCUCACCCUGCUGUCAAUGGGGACAUGGCUGGGGCGGGUGCCUACGCCAGCCUGCACCUCGUGUCCCCGCAGCUCAAUGGCACCGCGGCCGCCAGCAGCUACGGGCGGUCCCCGCUGGUUGGCUACGACCCUCACCCACACAUGCGCGUGGCGGGGCUGGCGGCUGGUAUGCAAGUGGGGACGUCGGGGAAACCUGCCUACUCCUUCCACGUCAGCGCCGACGGGCAGAUGCAGCCGGUCCCCUUUCCCCACGACGCCCUGGCUGGUCCCGGUAUCCCCCGGCACGCGCGGCAGCUGCACAGCCUGGCCCACGGCGAGGUGGUCUGCGCCGUCACCAUCAGCAACUCCACGCGCCACGUCUACACCGGGGGCAAAGGCUGCGUCAAGGUGUGGGACGUGGGGCAGCCGGGCACCAAGACGGCCGUGGCACAGCUGGACUGCUUGAACCGCGACAACUACAUCCGCUCCUGCAAGCUGCUCCCCGACGGCCGCAGCCUGAUCGUGGGGGGGGAGGCCAGCACUCUGUCCAUCUGGGACCUGGCGGCCCCCACGCCCCGCAUCAAGGCCGAGCUCACCUCCUCCGCCCCCGCCUGCUACGCGUUGGCCAUCAGCCCCGACGCCAAAGUCUGCUUCUCCUGCUGCAGCGACGGCAACAUCGCCGUGUGGGACCUGCAGAACCAGACCCUGGUCCGGCAGUUCCAAGGCCACACGGACGGUGCCAGCUGCAUCGAUAUCUCCAACGACGGCACCAAGCUGUGGACGGGGGGGUUGGACAACACGGUGCGCUGCUGGGACCUGCGGGAAGGGCGGCAGCUGCAGCAGCACGACUUCACCUCCCAGGUGAGCGCCGGGUCCCCCCCGACGUGUUCGACCCCCCCAUAUCCCAGCACUGCCCUGUCGCUGCCCCCUCCGCCCCCAGAUCUUCUCCCUGGGGCACUGCCCGACGGGCGAGUGGCUGGCAGUGGGCAUGGAGAGCAGCAACGUGGAAGUGCUGCACCACACCAAGCCCGACAAGUACCAGCUGCACCUGCACGAGAGCUGCGUCCUCUCCCUCAAGUUCGCCGCCUGCGGGAAGUGGUUUGUGAGCACGGGGAAGGACAACCUGCUCAACGCCUGGCGCACCCCGUAUGGAGCCAGCAUCUUCCAGUCCAAGGAAACCUCCUCCGUCCUCAGCUGCGACGUCUCCACCGACGAUCAGUUCAUCGUCACCGGCUCCGGGGACAAGAAAGCGACGGUCUACGAAGUCAUUUACUGAGAGCCAUGGAGCUGACGGCCGCCAUUGGGGUCCAGUCCCUGAGAGCGGAUGGACUCACAGCCACGGGGACGGACGGACGGACCCCGGCACAGAGGAGCAGCAGCCCAGGCCUGGGGUUGUUGGCGCUGGGGAUCCCACAGUGCUGGGAUGCAGCUGCUGCUCACAGGGCCCUUCCUUGGGAUUUCCUCCUGGUUGGGCUCUUUAUUGGUUGGUUUGUUUCUAAACGGGGGCUGGGGGAGCCGAGGGGGGUUUCUUUUGUAAUGGCAUUUUUUGGUGGGUUUUAUUUCGUUGUUGUUAAAGCUCCGGGUUGGGCGGGAUGGGAGCUCCUUCCUCCCCCUCCCCCUGCACCUCCCAGGGCUUAUUUAAUAAUAAAACCACAACAGCAGCGCGGUGCAUUGCAGGAUGGAGGGGGAAGUUGGGGCUGGGGGCUGCUCUGCACGGAGCCAUGGGGGGGAGAGGGCAUUUCCAGCCCCACAUUGUGUACAUCAAGGUUCCCCCCCCCUCCCCAUGGUGCCCUGGAGGAUCUCAGCCCCCCCCCACAACACACACACACACCUCAUCAACCCCUUUUUCCUUGUAUUUUUUAUUAGUAAGGAUUUGAACACACCAUUAAAUACAUCUCUUUACUGAUAAUUCACA